CUGUCACUGACAAAGGUUCCCAUCUUAUAACAGCCUGUGUGUCAUGUUAUUCAACCAACACUUUGGAUCUGCGGACAGUUUGUUGUUGUGCAAGUUAUUAUUAUUAUUAUUAACAGUAACGUUGAACUGUAGGCACCGCCGUAAAUCACAGAUAUAAGAUGAGAUUGCCACGGCGGAUCCUCACACUGCACACAGCACCUUUGAGGAGGGCAUCCUCAGUCCCUCAGGCGGGGAUGGUGGGCUUUGUCCCGGCCUGCAGCACUGCCGAUGCCCACUCCCUGGAGCUGCUGCAGGACUUUGUGUCCCGAGCCAGACGCCUGUUUGUUAUUAGUGGAGCAGGACUUUCAACUGAGUCAGGGAUCCCUGAUUACCGCUCAGAGGGUGUCGGGCUGUAUGCUCGCACUGACAGACGACCCAUGCAGUAUUCAGAGUUUGUCCGCAGUGCAAAGUCCCGUCAGCGCUACUGGGCCAGAAACUUUGUCGGGUGGCCGCAGUUCUCCUCCCAUCAGCCAAACUCUGCACACAAGGCCCUGCAGAGGUGGGAGGAGAGAGGCAAGCUGCACUGGCUGGUGACACAGAAUGUGGAUGCUCUUCACUCAAAGGCAGGACAGAACAGACUGACUGAGCUCCACGGCUGUGCCCACAGGGUGAUGUGUCUUGGCUGUGGUGAAAUCUCAGCACGGGAGGAUUUGCAGACAAGAUUCGUAGCACUAAACCCAGCCUGGAGGGCGCAGACGGGCGCUGUGGCUCCGGACGGUGAUGUCUUCAUAGAGGACGAGCAAGUCCUCCAUUUCAGAGUUCCCUCCUGUGAAGCCUGUGGAGGGAUACUGAAGCCCGAGGUCACGUUUUUUGGAGACACUGUGAGCAAAGCGACGGUACAGUUUGUUCACGACAGACUGGCGGAGUCGGACGCAGUUCUAGUCGUGGGGUCAUCGCUACAGGUAUAUUCGGGAUACAGGUUUUUACUAGCAGCGGGUGAUCGGAAAAUGUCAGUUGCCAUCCUGAACAUCGGGCCCACGAGGGCAGAUCACCUAGCCGAGCUGAAAGUGAGCGGUCGCUGUGGAGAAGUGCUGUCAGUCAUUCGACCUCUCUGACUGUCACGGACAUGCAGCUUGGAUCUACAGUAAAGAGACAAUAGACAACUUCAUCCCACCAGUUAGAGUUUCCAAGCGGUAUUAUUGUUUGCUACACUGCACAGGACACACUGCGUUUUGUUUUACACGAGCUUUCAUUUCCCCAGGAGAUCGGACCUGGAAACAGACAGUGAUGAUGUCAUUGGUCUCUAUACGCAUUACAUUGUGCAAUUUACUUCAUAAUGAUAAGUUAAAGCACAAACAAAAAGUGUCUACUGCCACUUUAAACUGGUCAAAACUACCUCAAACGCAGACAAUACAACAUAAUCAGCUUCAGCAUUACUGUGUUUGGAACUUGUGUGUGUGUGUGUGUAACGUAACAGGAGCGAGGAGUGUGUGCACUUCUCUGCCAGGAGAAUUUGGUGCUAAGUACUGCAAAAACUGACACGUUUACUCUCACCUAUUUUAUGCAAAAUAAGUUUAAAAAGUGUGCCUUCAGUGUUGCUGCUGUGGGUUUUGGCAACAUAGAAGAUGUGCAGGAGAUCAUGCAGCAUGUGUGGUUCUGUCUGAAUGCCCAGAGAUGAAAGCUGAAGGCCGUGAUAUGACGAGAGGACGGAGCCUCAUGGUUCGUAUCCCCAGUCUCUGUCUCCUGAUGCUGCUUUUAUUUAACUUAAAUGAGCUACUAGUUAAAAAAAUAAUGGUUAAGUGCUCUUCUGGUUUGUAAAAUUAAACAAGAUGCUCAUGUUGUAGGUAAGACCCAACAGAGGUGAUUUGACAAUGUUUUGUAAACUAAUAAAAUGUGCUGAAAUCAGCUGAUUUUAAAGGGUGUGAUUU